AUGGAAGCAUUAGCUGGCGCUGGUCUUGUGCCACUACCAUCAAAACCAAUGAUGAGAAGUAAAUUCUAUAUUCCACCUGUUGCACAACCACAGGAUCUUUAUCCGGUACUGGACGAAGUGGCUAAUGAAGCUAAAGAAGAAGAAAAACGAACAGACGAUGCGCUAGUCAAACUAACACCGUAUCCAACACUUGUGGAAUUACAAUCGAUUAUUGAAGAACAGAAGCCUGACUCGGCUUUAGUGAUUCAACCACCAUCGAUCGAACCGCUGAAAGACUUCAUUGAAAAACGUGCCGCGACUAUCGAAGGACUAAGAGAUCUUCGAGCUCGUAUGGCAAAACAUGUUUUGAAUUGUAAAAUAUCCAACACAGUCGUCGGUGUUCCAGUACUUCUGGCUGGCAGUGCUACAAGUCUUGGUACGGCAAUUACUGAGAGUGUCAUUGAAAAGCGACUUCGAACAAAAUAUGUCACAUUAUUAAAAGAUGAUUCAUUGGCAAUGCAAAUUUGUGAAUCAAAUCUAAAAGAUAUUACUGCAUGGCUAGUAACUGUUUAUUCACUUGGUUAUUCAGUAUCAAAAGCUGGUGUGAAUUUCUUACAACUUGCCGAAGCUAUUCAAGCUGCAGCGACCUUAGGCUCAUGGGCGGAAUUAGUUGGACAAUUGCCCUCGCUAGCUGGAGCUUUGGCUACUGGUGCUAAAACUGCUGGAACGAUUAGUGGAAAGAUUCUUGGCGUGUCAGUCAUUAUUUCCGUGGCUGAUCUGAUUCAUACAUGGAUAUCGAAAAGUGCGACAUUGAAAUCAAUCGACAAAGACAUUGAAUUACUUGAGCAACAAUUAAAAGAAUUGAAACGAAUUGUGGAAGCUUAUCAUCCGUAG